AAACAGUUUUCUUUCCGCACGAUAUGCCUGGCUCCGUAGAAAACCCAUGAAACACUGCAGCUUACUUCAACCCGUCAAAAGACAAUGACUACUUGGAGCUUAUUGGUAAACAACGACUGUGGCCAACAGAAACCAUGAACAUUUUGAUUCCAAAUCCCACUAAAGCGCGACCUAUUUUAGUAGACAUAGACGAUGUACGGAUGAUUCUACAUCGGCUCGAACUAAAGCACAGUAUCACUGAAAUUAAGCGCUAGUUGUUCCAAAAUUCAGUUUAGAGUGUGUGAAUGUGUAUCGAACUUAUUAUAAUCGUUCUGAAUAUGGACAAUCGAGGAUCCUAGCUUAACACGUAGCAAUUUCAUCCACUUAUUGGUUCCAAACCGCAAUAGCACGGGAUGUUAUGAGUGGUCAUUACUCAUCUCCACGAAUGUGACUGGAGCUGGAGCUGGAGCUAAUUCUGGGUGCAGAUUUCCGCGGAACUCUCCCUCACGUACAGCAGUACUUCGCACGCGUUCGAUGGUCCAUCUUGCUGAUCCCAGCUCCGCUCCACUAAUGCACGUGUCUAUCAUCGUGAUGUAGUGUAGCUUACCUGCAACAUGGCCAUGAGAUCUCUUGCUGCAAUAUCCUCGUCUAUUGUUUCACUCCGAGCUGUCCAUCUUCCUACGAAGCUUCGACCAUUUGCAGGGCAAGUACGAUCAAGUGUUCAGCUCGUCCGCACCAGAGAGAAUGUGAGCGCAGAAAUUCUUGCUGUUCGCAAUAUCAGGUGGACCGGAGGCAUUAAAAUUCUGAGGCCAUUUCAAACGCUAUCGACGUCAGGGAACCCUUUCGACGGUACUACUACGAGACAACCCAUCAGAUGUCUCUCUGUGGGAUCCCUGGAGCCAACAAAAAGCCCCGAAUCUGGAACAUUUCUUACCACGAAAGGAGCAGCUCUAGCCGCAAAGCAGAUCGUAGGACUAGUUGGCUUCUAUUCAGAUCAUUAUGUCGUGCCUCUGCCCGAGGGCCAUAGAUUCCCAAUGGACAAGUAUAGGGCCACCAGAAUCUUACUCGAGGAAGAUGCUGCCAUGCGGGAUAUUCUGGCUACCUAUCCCGCCCCCUUUGCUUCUCGGGAGGAGUUAAGCUUGGCACACGAUGAAAGUUACCUGGAAAGCCUCAGUACAGGAAAUCUGGAUGCAAAACAGCAAAGAGCAUUAGGUUUCCCCUGGAGUCCAGAGCUGUGGAGACGGUCACAAGCCUCGUGUGGAGGAACAGUAGCAGCAAUGCACGCUGUGAUGUUGGGAGUAGCAAGGGCUGCUGCUAACAUAGCCGGAGGCACGCAUCAUGCCUUUGCUGGUCAUGGUGAAGGAUUUUGUGUAUAUAAUGACAUAGCCGUCGCAGCCUUGGUGGCUCUGAACGAUUAUCCAGCGUCUUGUAAUUUGCAAUCUCCAAUUCUUGUCAUUGAUCUUGAUGUACAUCAGGGAAAUGGAACAGCGAAAAUUUUUGAAAAUGAUGACAGAGUUAUUACUUUCAGCAUGCAUGGCGAGAAAAACUAUCCUUGGCGCACGAAGAUGAAAUCAAAUUAUGAUGUUGAUUUACCAGAUGAUACUGGUGAUGAGGAAUAUCUCACAAUAUUGAAUGAACAACUGGCGAUGUUAUUUGACCGACACAAACCAUUUCUGAUUUUUUUUCAGGCUGGAGUCGAUGCUCUUAAAGAGGACAGUUUUGGCAGAUUAUCUCUAACGAGACAAGGGCUGUUGAGGAGGAACAACAUUAUUUACAGUGCCUGCCAGACCAGAAAUUUGCCCUUGGUAAUAACGAUGGGUGGAGGCUAUUCUCGUCCGAAUGAUGCAUCUAUCGAAGCGCACGCCGAUGUUUAUCGAUCAGCAGCUCUGAGAUAUGGUGCUGCUCGGAGUUGAAUUCUUUGAUUUAGCAAACAUUCUGAAGGACAGAAGGAUUGUGUUACUCCAGGGAAACAAACAAAUAUCGUAUGCGAAAGUUCUGGAACAUCUCUUCCUUUAAAUACUCAAUAUCAAGCACUUCGUCUUCCAAAAGACCUCACUAUUGGCGCAAUGUGGUCUUAGGCCUGCCAUGAACG